AUGUCGACCUUUUAUAAUAUCGCUGAAAAAUCAGAAGAAUCCUUCUGGAUUAAAGUUGAUUUCCCCUUCGUUCACGAUUACGGCAAACUGAUCCAUGGGGGCCAGCUCUCAUAUUUUAAAUCCAAUGGGGAAAUUAAGGAGGCUUAUUUUUUCCUCCUUUCCAGUUCAUAUCUGGUUUGUGCAAGUGAAAGUGGCAAAAGAAAAAAAAUGUCUAAGCUGAAGUGGAAAACUAUUGAGCCCUUUGUAGAAAGUCAAGAUAAAUUAUCCAGAUAUGGAUUUAGAGUUCGACAAGCUGGAAUAUUUAAAGAUUUUUUUACUAGCACUCCAGAAGACCUUGAUGUUUGGAUUGAGCAUUUAUCAGCAGUUUCCAUUUUUACAGACAUAAAUUCAGAUUUUGAGAUCAAAUGCCAGAUUGGCCAAGGGACAUUUUCGUCAGUAUUUUUAGCGACUGACCUUAGUGAUAAUCAAACUUAUGCGGUGAAAUCUAUUAGUAAAUCCAAGUUAAAGACUAAAGAUGAGAUUGCUGCUAUAAAAAAUGAAAUCAAGGUCAUGAGAGCUCUAAACCAUCCAAACAUCGUCAAACUUCAUAGAGUUUACGAGUCUGAUUCCAAGGUGGAACUAGUUUUGGACUAUGUGGAAGGAGAAACUCUUUUUGCAAGAUUAAUCAGAACUGGGCCAUUUGAUGAAGAAUAUUCAGCUAAAUUCAUUGAGAAGUUUCUUAGUGUGCUGAAUUAUUUAGAGCUUAAAAAGGUUUUACAUAGAGACAUAAAGCUUGAAAACAUCUUGAUAGGGAAUUUUUUUUUUAAUUAAAAAAAUUAUUUUUUAUUAAAUAUUUAGUAAAAAACGCAUCCCUCAUCUUGUUGUCGUCAAAUAAUAGCCCAAGUGAUUUCAAGCUAAUUGACUUUGGACUAUCAUGCUUUGCUAAAGACGGCAUUGUUCACAGCUGCGGAUCUCCCGGAUAUGUAGCACCUGAAGUACUUAAAGGCGUUCCUUAUGGAAAUAAAGUCGACGUUUUCAGUGCUGGAGUAAUCCUCUAUGCUGUUCUAUCAGGGAGGCCAGCUUUUGCAGGCCGAACAGCCCAAGAUAUUUUCAUAAGAAAUCGCCGAUGCAUGAUAGUGUUCCAAAAAGACCAUUGGAAAAACGUCUCCUCCCACGCAAUUGAAUUUGUCCGCAGACUCACUGAAAAGGAGCCAGAGGACAGAUUAAGUUCAAGUGAAGCUUUAGGUCAUGAAUGGUUUUUAUUAUUUAACAAAGAAAAACCAAAUGACACUAACGUUUCAGCAAUUUCCAGGCUGAUUUUUCAAAGAAAUGAGAAAAGAAGACAUAGAAUUCUAUUAGCAGACUCUGAAGAACAAAAAUGCUUCGUGGAGCUUCACCGAAGAAGAGGGUCAUUGCCUACUUAUAUUAUCCCAGAUGUAAAACGAGGAAUAUUUAAAGAUCAUAGUCAUGCCGAGCUAGCUGACUUAAGAGACGAUAGAAAAGGAUCUGUUUAA